CCUGGUUUAAUAGUGUUCUUGUGUAAAACAGUGUAUUAUACCAACAUUUUAAUGACUAGUACAUUAAAAGUAGUUAUUUAUGAGUGAGAGAGAGCGUGUAUGUGUGUGUGUGUGUGUGUGUGUGUGUGUGUGUGUGUGUGUGUGUGUGUGAAUGAAUUCGGGUAUAUGCAUGUGAUUACCAGUGCUCUUGGAGGCCUGAGGUGUGUCGUAGCUUGUUACAGUUGUGAGCCACAUAGAGUAGGUGUUGGGAAUUGAACUUGAGUCUUCUCCAAAAGGAGUAUACACAUACUGAGCUGUCUCUCUAUCCUAUGACUAACACUUUUAUGACUGAGAAGCCCUGGAAAUUCCUGAGGAGGGAGGGCCCUGUUUCAAAUUAGAUGGCCUGGAGUUUUUUAGUGACUUCAUUCUUUAGAGAAUGAAAGAAUUUCUUUCUUUGUAUUAAGUGAAGGCACAUAGAGCAUUCCUUCUGCAGUUAUCCAGAUGAACAUUAGCAAAUGUGUUUAGGAUAUGGCACAGAACACUAGAAGUUCUUUCCUGUUUUUUUUUUUUUUUUUUUUUUUUCUGUGUGUGUGUCUCUUUUUGUAAUGCUUGGGGUUGAAUCUAGGGCUCAUGCAAGCUGAGUAAGUAUUCUGCCACUGAGCCGAAUCCCCACCCCUCAUCUCUCAUCUGUAUUUUUUAAUGAAGUUUUUGGGAUGUUAGCCAGUUGGAAGUACAUUCUUGACGAUCAGGACAGGGAACUGAAGCUGCUCCUGUUGCUGUCUGGCUGUUUAUAACCCUCUCUUAAAUUUCUCUGGAGUCUUUCUGGGAUUUAUUUAUUUUUGACACAGUCUCACUCUCUUGCUCUGGCUGGCCUGGACUCACUAUAUAAAGCAGGCUAGCCUUGAACGCACAGAAGCCUCUGCUUCCAGAUUUGCUGGGAUCAAAAGUACAUGGCACUGUAGCCAGCUUCAGGGAGGACUUUUAUGAGUGACUCAAGGAGCAGUUCAUUUCUGUUUACAGCUUGAAGUUGUGUUUUGAAAUCAGGAGUUUUUAAUCUUUUUGGAGAUUACAUAUUCUUUUUUGAAACCAAUGAAAGACAUGCACUCUCCAGAAAUGCUCUCCCCAGAAAACAUAUACAUGCACAUAAAUACACUUUUACCUACAAAUUUUGUAGGGUCACUAAUUUCCAAGACUAUAAACAAAGUACUCCAAGAUGGGGUGACAUAUGCUGUGAUGUCCAUACUAGGGAGCUGUGGCAGCAGAAGUGAAGUCAGGGUGUGGCUGCAAAGUCAGAUCCUGUCUGGGAACGCUGGGGAAAGUGUUCAUUCCUCCCGGAGGGGGGUGGGGGGAGGGCAGAGCCAUGGGGGGUAGUUUUUCCUGUAAUAAAUAUAUGUUUGCUCUGCUAAAAAAAACAAACAAUGCUUUAAAGGAAAAAAAGGGCUCUGUAGAGAGACUGUCUUUUUUUUUUUUUAAGAGUUAUUUAUUUUAUAUAUGUGGGUAUACUGUCACUAUCUCCAGACACACCAGAAGAGGGCAUCGGAGUCCAUCACAGAUGGUUGUGUGCCACCAUGUGGUUGCUGGAAUUGAAUUGAACACAGGAUCUUUGGUAGAGCAGUUAGUGCUCUUAACCGCUGAGCCAUCCCUCCAGCCUGAGAGACUGUCUCAAAAACAAAAACAAAAGGAAAAACAAAAGGAAAAUAGUAAGAUUUGAGGAUAUAUUCACAAAACAAUCUUGUUAGUGUUUAGGAUAUUGUAUUUUUGAGUCUUUGAGAUGUUUUAUGUCUCCUAUUUUAUUGAAAAAUUAAAAUGAAUAUUUGUUAAUAAGCUAAGGUCCUUAGGGAUCAAUACAUCCUGUGAUGAUUUCUAACCUUGUCAGUUGAGUUUUCUCAGAAGUAUUAAGAUGAUGAACUCCUUUGCCAGCUCAUAAGUUUAGGUUUCAGUUUCUUGUCCCCCCAGUGUCUUGAUGCAUGAUGUCAUGCCCGCUCUGAGCUCUAAACUGAACCCCAGGUGCCCCACUAUGAGCUCUACUCUACACCCCUUCUCAGUCUCAUCUCCUUCUUACUCCUCUCCUUUCUUGCUUGGCUUUUUAAAGUGAGUAUCGUAGCUCAUGUUGGCCUGGAAGCAGAGAUCCUCAUGUCUCUGCCUCCAGGAUUAUGUUUGAAAAGUUGGAAUUUCAUAGUCUGGUUUCUUUUCAGAUUGUAUAAAUUGGAAUUUCUAUCACAAAGACACCCUUAAUUUUUAUGUAUAGAACUGAUGGUUUUGGUUAAAUCACUACUUUUAAGAAUUUACUUAUAAUUAGAAUUUUAGGUUGAGAAAUGUCAGGAGUUUUGAGGAUCAGAGAAUUUUUCUUUUUCUGAGUUUUUGGAGACAGCGCCUUGCCAUGUAGCACAUGCUAGUAAUCCUCCUGCGUGCUCAGCUUACAGACUGAGUGCGGUACCCAGCCGGGUUUACUGCCUACAUUGCUAAAGGAGAAAUGGGGGGGUGAGGGGAGGCUGGCUGAGGUCUCUCCUUUCUGCUCUGUUUAUACAGAUGGGUGUUUUAGAUACAAGGCUAGUCCACGGCUGAAAACUCAGCAUUCUCUUCAGGAAGGGAAGACCCUAAAGGUUUGGAACAGAACUGAAAAAAUAGUCUAACUCUAACAGGAGGAUAAACUUUAAAUAGUAAAGUGAGUAGAGGCCAGGUGUAUUUUAACUGUGUCUCUGGUGAGUGCCAGGGAACCUUGAGGCCAGCUGCUCAGUGGUUUUACUGAGGCAGCUCACUAGGUCAGCGUUCUGGGAAGGCUGUCAGUUUGUUGAGUAUUUGUGGGACUAGGCACCUUUCUUAACAAAGUUAUUGUUCUUCUGUAUCUUACACUUCUCCUUGUUUCAGGGUCUGUACAAGUGAAGUGAAUAGGUUGACUUGUGUAUAACUGUAGGUGCGUAUUUCUUGGUUUGGACAGAUUAUACAGAGUUUAAAGUGAAAUGUAUGGAGGAGAAAAUGUUUAGCUUAUUCAUAUAUCCAAAUCAUCCUAUGAGAUUAUCCAGGCUGAUUGGGAGAACAAAAGAAGUUAGGUCAAAUAAUAGAAUUUAAAAAAUAAUUUUAAAAUGUUUAUUUUAUGUACAUUGGUGUUCUGACUGCAUGUGUGUCUGUAUGAGGGUGUCAGAGCCCCUGGAACUGGAGUCACAGACAAUUGUGAGCUGCCAUGUGGGUGCUAGGAACUGACUCCAGGUCCUUUGGAAGAGCAGCCAGUGCUCCUAAUUGCUGAGCAAUCUCUCUAGCCCCUGAAAAUAAUGCAGUUUAGAGAGGUAAUCUUGUCCAUUUAGAAGCCAAGAGAUAGAGGAAACUGGUCUAUAUGCAGGUUAAUACUUUUUAACUAUCAAGAUAAUAAAUUCGUAUAAAGGAAGGUUAAUUUGAAGAUAUGGGGAAAAUGUAUAUAUAAUUUAAGUAACUAUCUUGGGGGCACACCUACAAUCUCUACAAAGGGGAGUUUUUUAAAAGAAAAUCUCUGGGGUUGGAGAUAUGACUCAGUGGUUGAGAAUGUAUAAUGCUGUUGCAGAGGACCCAAGUUUGGUUUUCCAGUACCCAUCUUGGAUGGCUCACAGUGGCCUGUAACUCUAGCUCCAGGCCUCCGGCCUCUGUGUUUAUGUGCACAUACCCAUAUAUACACAUAAUUAAAAAUAGUAGAAAUAAGUCUUAGGAAGGAAAUCCCCUUGAAGUGUAGGUGAACAGACUGUAGUAAAAGUGGGAGAAGUAUUCAAGGCACUUUGAUAGUAUUGUACAUAUGGCUGGUUAAAACAAGGGAAGCAGACUGUUGGGAUGGCUAAAAUGAGCUUUAUUUCUCCCCAGCAUCCCCAUCUUUCCCACAUGCUUUCCUGAAUCGAGCAGUGUGUAGCAUUCUGGACUAGAGGAAGGGAACGGCGUGAAUGUUGAGGGGGCGACACACAAGCAGGUGGUGGACCUGAUCCGAGCAGGCGAGAAGGAAUUGAUCUUGACAGUGUUGUCUGUACCUCCUCAUGAGGCUGAUAACCUAGAUCCCAGUGACGACUCCUUGGGACAAUCAUUUUAUGAUUACACAGAAAAGCAAGCAGUGCCCAUAUCGGUCCCCACAUACAAACAUGUGGAGCAGAAUGGUGAGAAGUUUGUGGUAUACAAUGUUUACAUGGCUGGGAGGCAGCUGUGUUCUAAGCGGUACCGGGAGUUUGCCAUACUGCACCAAAACCUGAAGAGAGAAUUUGCCAACUUUACAUUUCCUCGACUUCCAGGAAAGUGGCCAUUCUCAUUAUCAGAACAACAAUUGGAUGCCCGGCGUCGUGGGUUGGAAGAAUAUCUAGAAAAGGUGUGUUCAAUCCGAGUCAUUGGUGAGAGUGACAUCAUGCAGGAAUUCCUGUCUGAGUCUGAUGAGAAUUACAAUGGUGUGUCUGAUGUAGAACUGAGAGUAGCACUACCGGAUGGAACAACGGUUACUGUCAGAGUUAAGAAGAACAGUACUACAGACCAAGUGUACCAGGCUAUUGCAGCAAAGGUUGGCAUGGACAGUACAACAGUGAAUUACUUUGCCUUAUUUGAAGUGAUCAAUCAUUCCUUUGUACGUAAGCUGGCACCUAAUGAAUUUCCUCAUAAACUCUACGUCCAGAACUAUACAUCAGCUGUGCCAGGCACUUGCCUGACCAUUCGCAAGUGGCUCUUUACAACAGAAGAAGAAGUCCUCUUAAAUGACAAUGACCUUGCUGUUACGUACUUCUUUCAUCAGGCUGUUGAUGAUGUAAAGAAAGGUUACAUUAAAGCAGAAGAGAAAUCUUACCAGUUACAGAAGCUCCAUGAACAAAGGAAGAUGGUCAUGUACCUCAACAUGCUAAGGACCUGCGAGGGCUACAAUGAAAUCAUCUUCCCUCACUGUGCCUGUGACUCGAGGAGGAAGGGACAUGUUAUCACAGCCAUCAGCAUCACGCACUUUAAACUUCAUGCAUGCACUGAAGAAGGGCAGCUGGAGAACCAGGUAAUAGCGUUUGAAUGGGAUGAGAUGCAGCGAUGGGACACAGAUGAAGAAGGAAUGGCCUUCUGUUUUGAAUAUGCGCGAGGAGAGAAGAAGCCUCGAUGGGUUAAAAUCUUCACACCAUAUUUCAAUUACAUGCAUGAAUGCUUUGAGAGGGUGUUCUGCGAGCUCAAGUGGAGAAAAGAGAAUAUUUUCCAGAUGGCGAGGUCACAGCAGAGGGAUGUGGCCACCUAGCCUUUCCUCAUCCCUUUAUCUUCUCUUUGCCCUCAGCCUCUUAGCCUUUUCGUCUCCCAUGUCAGACAGUAACCAUUAACACAAAAGAAGAAAAAAAGGAAAAAAAAGUCACUAUGUCCCAAAGUCCUAAGCUAAAUAUUAUUAAUAACUUCCUGAGAAUUUCCCGUCUCUGGAACUGAGCUGGUAGAGAGCAGGUUGAUAGUACCAGAAGUCCACUGAGAUCAGACACACAAGCCCAGCCAACACGCCAAAGUCAUCUUUGUCGUUUGACCCGGGCCUCAUACCAACAGACUCUCCUUGUACUAUAUUUUUAAAACUGGAACUAUGAACUCCAUCCAUUUGCACUGUUCAAGCAUAUAUAUGUAUGUAUGUAUGUAAAAAUUAUAUAUACACAAAUUAGCUGCACGUAUAUACAUAUAUAUAUUUCUUUUUAAAUUUCAUAUUGAUGGCAGUACCUUUUUUAGCUUGUGUUUUUACACACCUUUCACAGAAUUCAUGACCUCUCUCUUGCUCUCUUUAUUUUGAAACAAACUUUAAAAAGGAAAAAAAAAUACAGGGAAAAUACCUCUCCUCAUGAAGGACUCGAAAAGUUUACAACCUGCUUGGGUUUUCUUCCCUUUUUUGUAUUGAGUACAGUUUCUGGCUGUUGGUUUGCCAUAGAGUCUGAGGAUCGAGGAGUGUAGUGUCUUUAUCUUCAAGAGGGUGCUGAGGAGGAGAAAGGCCGUUUCUCAAGAGCAGUUGAGGCUGCAGGGAGUCUAAAGACCUAGAGUCUCGAUUCCAAGUCAUUUUCCAAGCCAUGGUCCAUCGAUCGACGUUGAGUCCGUCCUCCAUCUCCUUCCUGUUUCUUUAGGGUCUUUUAUUAUGCUCCCUUUUAACUGACCCAAAACAGUUCAGGGUAAUCUGAGGAAGCUGUUAUAGUAGGAAACUUUUUCUUCUGCAACAGGGGUUGUAUCAGGACUAACCCUGACAUCAGAGGUUGGACAGAUGGAGGAAAGGGAGGAUGGAAGCUGUGCCUCAGAUUUAUAAGGGCCUUACCUCUUCCAUUCCUGUCCAGUAACCAUCUAUUUUACAUCCUCUGUGAGUUCUUUAAACAGCUGUACGUGGAAGGAGUGUCUUGGGUAAACUUAGAGUCUGGGUUGCUGCCAACCAAAUCAGAGCCCUGUUCAUGACAGCUGAGGGCCCAAGAAGUGGGAGUAUGGUCAAUUUUAGUUCACCACCACCAUUUACUUCAAAGGAGACUGAAGAGAAAUCUCUUAAAGAGUUCUUUACCUGGAGCUGGGGCUGGUCCCGAGGCUGAGGCUGGGGCCGGGAGUGUUUGCCUAGCCUGCAUAAAGCCCUCAAUUCCAUCCCCAGCACCACAUAAAAUUUGGGUGUUGGGGUAUUGUAGCACACACCUGUAAUCUCAGCACGUGGGAGGGGAAUGCAGGAAACUCAGAAUUUUCAAGUCCACCUCUGCUAACUAAUGAGUUCAAGGCUAUCCUGGAUCACAUAUCUCAAAAGUAGAAGAGUUCCUUACCUGCCCCUGCACUUAGACCUCCUAGGACCUAAAAGCAACAUUUGGGACAGAGGCCAGGCUGGCACUAGAGUAAUAGUCUCAAACCUUGAGUGUAAAGAACUCUGAGGUUAGGUACAACUAAAACACGUCUUUGAAACUCUUUAUCUACUUUUCCUUCGAUAUUGAAGCCUCCACAGGCUUCGUCUUUGGCUUUAUGUAGCUGAAAGGCAGCCAGAAUUGGAUGUAGUUGGCAGUGUUGGAUUUGGUUUAAAGUUUCUUUCAUGCCUUGGUUUUGCAGAGCAUUCAUUAUGAGGCUACUUUUCUGUCUCCAUUAUUCUGGCAGCCACUUGUCGCAGGAAGGUGUAAACACACCUUUUAGGAUAGUCUUUCCCUCCCCUGUCCAAACCCGUGGGACCACAAAGUACAAAAUAUAGUAGUGUUUAAAGUUGAAAAGGGCAAUACCUGAUUUGGAGGCUUUAAUCAGGAUCAACUCUCCCUCUUGGCUUUACUAAUGAGUCUGAGUACCUUAAGAGGGGGCGAGUUGAUUUCCUCUCCAAGAUGCUCUGGAGGCCAGCUGUGUUCAAACUGUAAAAAGAGCAACAUUGCAGCUAAUUCCCUCAGGAAGAGAGCCUUCCAGAAUAGGGACAGGGCUUUGGAAGUCCUGAAGAGUCAGCCCCACUGUGUUGGGGUUAACAGAAUCUGUAGGAACACCCUGCUUUAGGUAGUCUUCCUACCAGAACACCCAGCUGCAGCAGGGAGCUGGGAAGAAGCAGCUCCCAGGGUCUCCCAGUGGAGCUGCAGUCCUGGAAGAGGAGGUCACGGUGGCCUAGAGGCCCACAGAGGCCCACAGGAUCAAGUUCUUUUGCAUGAAGCAGUGUUAGAUGUAACUACUCCCUCCCCCAAACCCCUACCCUUCCUUUCUCUAAUCCCUUCUAUGUUUCUUAGACCUGGCUUCUGCCCAGGAAGGCAUCUACAGGUUUUUUGGGCAGUUUGUCUCUGGGGAAGGGACUUCCCCUCCCAGCUUCACUCCAGCAGAAUCUUCCUGGUCUCCAACUGUUCUUUCCUCCACGAGGAGUUUCUGUUCUCUGAUACUAAAACUCAAGAGAUCUUUACGGAGCAGGAAACUACUUAGUCCCUGAGAAGCCAGGUGCUCUAGGAAGCUUUGCUUGGGCAGUGCUUUGAGCUUGCCGCUCUUUGUACUUUUAUUCCGGUCUUCGUCUCUCCGCCUUCCCCUUGCCCUUGCGGAGGCCUCAGCUCAGCACAGCUACAGUCAGUGUUCAGGGCAGUUCCCAGGCCUUGACAGAGCUCUCAGGGAGGAACAAGGUAAAUGCUCUAGCAUCCUCUUGCCUGGCCCAUUUAAUUUUAUCCUUUAGUUACCUGGGCCAGUAGCUUUGAAUUAUCCCUUCAUUGCUCCAAACCCGAUGCCUGAAGCAGCAAAAUAGGGCACUGAUAAGAGGGAGCACCUCUCUCAUCUCAGAGUUUCCAGCUUAAGGGCCAGCUCCUAGAAAGCAGUCUUCUUAAAGGGACCUACAUGCAUUUGCGUUUAGCUGAAGUCUCCAGGAAUGGAGGUCCUUUCUGCCCUCCUUUCCAUUCUGCUGGCUUCAGCACACUGCUGCUCCUUCACCAGUUGGAUGGGUUGCUUUAACUUCUUUUUGGAGGAGCAGCAGUGUGGCUGAAUACUUAGCGCCAGCGGGAGGGAGAACGCUUCUUUAGUCCUCCGUCUUGGAUUCUUCUUCCUCUAACCCUCAGCAUAUCUGCCAGGGCUCCUUUCCCUGGAUAGCAGCAGCUUCUUUCUCAGCAGUAACUGAGGGUGCAUGGAAAUCGGGCUCUGGGGAGGAGCGACACCAGAGGGACUGAUCCUGGUAGGAGCACUUGGUUAGCUGCUGACCAUGGGUGCCAACUUGUUAUUAUGCCCCCUUGUAAGCUGCUGAGCUGGGCUUCAGUUUUUCCCAGGCCAUGCACACUUAUAAUUUAUUUGAGAGAAACUAAUUGUAUUUUCACUGCAGUAUCUUGUACUUUUAUUUGUGAUUUACAAAAUGUGAAGAGAAAGUGCAGAGACCCACUGGCUCCAGUGUUUCUCCAACCCUGCUCUAGAGCUAACCACUCUAAGAUUGUUUGGUAAUGUUACUUAGUGUAAUUAAUUGUAACAUAUUCUUUUAAAUAAAUUGAUUUAUUGAUGAAACAA